AUGUUGAAAAUUAAACAUGAAAAUGAUGAAACAGAACAACACUCCUUUCAAGUCAUUGCACCCAGACCCUUAGAUGUGCAGUUCAAAAACAAUGAAAUUUCUACAAUAGAGGAGUAUUUGGUAAAGAAUGAAGUGGACAAUACUUAUGAAGUUUUGAAGCGACAUAAUGUGUUGAAAAUUAAACAAGAAACUGAUGAAACAGAAGAACACUCCUUUGAAAACUCGUUUGAAGUCAUUGAACCUAAACCGUUAAAUGUGCAGUUAAAAAAAAAUGAAAUUUCAACAACAGAGGAGAAUUUAGUAAAGAAUGAAGGUGACAAUACUCAUGAAGUUUUGAAGCAGUAUAAUAUGUUGCAAAUCAAACAAGAAAAUUAUGAAACAGAAGAGCAUUCCUUUGAAAAAUCGUUUGAAGUCAUUGAACCUAAACCGUUAGAUGUGCAGUUCAAAAACCAUGAAAUUUCAACAACAGAGGAGAAUUUAGUAAAGAAUGAAGACUCCCUCAAAAGUCAUAAAAGUAUACAUACCGGCGAAAAACCCUUCAAAUGCAAUAUCUGUGAAAAAACAUUCGGUCACCAGUCUUCCCUCUACAAUCAUAAAAGUAUACAUACCGGCGAGAAACCCUUCAAAUGCAAUACCUGUGAAAAGACAUUUGGUCACCAGUCUUCCCUCAAAACACAAAGGAUACAUACCGGUGAAAAGCCCUUCAAAUGCGAUGUCUGUGGAAAAACAUUCGGUGUUCAGUCUUUACUCAAAACUCACGAAAGGAUACAUACCGAAGAGAAACCUUUUAAAUGCAAUGUGUGUGCAAAAACAUUCAGACAACAACCUCACCUCAACAAUCAUAAAAGGAUACAUACCGGAGAGAAACCCUUCAAAUGCGAUGUCUGUGGAAAAACAUUUGGUGUUCAGUCUUCACUCAAAACUCAUGAAAGGAUACAUACCGAAGAGAAACGUUUUAAAUGCAAUGUGUGUGCAAAAACAUUCAGACAACAAUCUCACCUCAACAAUCAUAAAGGAUACAUAUUGGUGGGGUACGAUAUAAAUGCUCCGCCUGUGAAAAAUCGUAUGGUCACCAAGAUUCACUCAAAAGGCAUCAAGCAAAAGUACACGACUCAUAGCCUCAAUAACUUCACGUGGCUAUUUGGCAUUUUUUUAAAAUAGUUUUCCAGUAUCUAUUUGUUAUUAUUUUACUUACGGUUUAAUUUUUUUUAUUAGUUUUCUUUUAAUUGGUUUAUUAUGACUAUUGUUUAACCGAUCAUUAACAUAGCUAAGUCGUUUUCGAUUUAAUUUUUUAAUGGAUCACAUGAAUUGUUUAGUUUCUAUAUUUUUAUAAUGUAAUUUUUAAAUUGCAUAUUUUAC